AUGAAUGUUUUGAAAAAGAUAACUUCAAAAAUUGAACAGAAGGAUGAAGUACAAAAGCCAUUGCUCAAACAACUUUUAGAAAAUAAAAAUUUUUAUCGGGUGGUCAAGUCGCGGCAGUAUUCGUAUUUAUACAUUGAGCCUUAUGAGCCAGUUGAACAUGGAACUUUUGGUGUCGAUCAAUCUAAUUGGAAUAUAAUAGCACUACGAAUAAAAGAUAUUUUUGCUGGAAUUAUGGCUGGAUGUCGUGGGUUCGAACAUCCAGAUUAUGAUGGGGUUGUGCCGUAUUAA